AUGGGGCAGCUGGCAGAGAAACUGGGAGUCAGGCACCCGGGGCCACCCCCCCCGCGAUUCCCGGGCCCGGGAGGCCCCCCCGGCCCCAUUCCCGGCCCCCCCCUGCACCCCGACCUGCACCCCGACCUGCACCCCGACCUGCACCCCGACCUGCACCCCGACAUCCCCAUGGGGCCCCCCCUGGGCCCCCCCGGGCCCCCCCUGCUGCCCUACGGGGGCGGGGGGGGCCCCGAGGAGUCCCCCCACCCCCAUUCCCACCCCCACCCCCACCCCCACCCCGGGAUGAUCCCGCCGGGGCCGGGCCAGGGGUUCUACGAGUCCUUCUACCCCCCCCAGGAGGGGAUGGACGUGGAGCCCGGAAACAUGGGAGACACAGACGACUACGGCGGGUACGAGCCCCUGGAGGGGCCGGGGGGGGAUCCCCUGUUCCCGGAUCCCUCCCUGGAUCCCGAGGGGCUCUGCGAGGGCCCCCCCGGGCUGGGGAAGGGCCCCGGCCUUCCCGGCCUUCCCGAGUUCCUGCCGUCGGCGCAGCGGGCGCUCUUCCUGCGCAUCCAGCACAAGCAGCACGAGGACGAGGAGCGGGCCCGGAGGGGGGGAGAGCCCGGGAAAACGGAGCGGGACAACGAGGAAGGCGAUCCCGGGAACUGGUACUCCAGCGACGAGGACGACGGCGGCAGCAGCGUCACCUCCAUCCUCAAAUCCCUGCGCCAGCAGAGCUCCGGGAGACCCCCCAGCAACCCCCCCGGGGACCCCCCCAGCGACCCCCGGCUGCAGAGACCCCCCCGCCCCUCCGACCCCCGGCUGCGGGACCCGCGCCUGGCCCGGAAUCCCGAGCAGCUCCCGCCCCUGGAUCCGGGACCCUCCGACCCCCGGCUGGCCCGGCACGGCCCCCCCAGGGCCGAGCCCCCCCGAGGGGCCCCCGAGGAGGAGGAGGGGGAGCGGCUGCUGCGGGACAAGGCCCUGCCCAUCCCCCUGGAGCCGCUGCCGGGCCAUUCCCAGCGGGACCCGCGCUCCCAGCUCCAGCAGUUCAGCCACAUCCGCAAGGCCGUGGUGCUGCCCAAGCCGCCCUUCGCCCGCGCCGUCCUGUGGAGCCCCGAGGACCUGAUCCCGCUGCCCCUGCCCAAGCAGGAGCCUCCUCCCCCCGUGGCCCUUCCCGCCGCCCUCCAGGCCGCUCCAGGAUCCGACCCCCGCCUGCUCCGGGCGCCCUCGGACCCCAGGAGAGCCGGCGGAGAGCCCGGAGCCGCCCCGGCUUCAUCCUCCUCCUCCUCCUCCUCCUGCUCCUCCUCCUCCUCCUCCUCCGCCCUGCCGGACUUCGAGCUGCUCUCCCGCAUCCUGCAGACUGUCAACGCCUCGGGGGGGGACAAACCCAGCGACCCCCGCGUCAGGAAGAACCCCCCGGCCGACCCCCGCCUCCAGAAAUGCCUGGAGAGCCCCAGGGAGAGCGGGAACCCCGGCGGGAAUCCCAACCCCGGCGGGGGGGACUCCGGCCCCGGCCCCAUCGCUCCCUACGACCCCCGGCUGAGCUGGGGCGGGGGCGGCCAGAGCAGCAGCGUCCUGAGCAACAUCAGCCUCUACGACCCCCGCACCGCCCACAGCCCCGAGGGGGGGGCAGGCGCCGCCGACGGGACCCCCGCCCCCAAAAACCACCCCCCCGCGGCCGGCGGGAAGGCCAAGGAGCCCCCCAGGGAGCCCCCCAGGGAGCCCCCCAAGGAGCCCCCCAAGGAGCCGCCGUUCCUGCGGCGCUCGGCGCUGGAGCCGCCCCCGGACACGGACAGGGCGGAGCCCCCGGACAGGUACAACAACAGCUACAACCGGCCCCGCCCCCGGGGGGGCAACAACAGCACCAACAGCACCAACAGCAGCACCAACAGCACCCCCAACCCCCCCCCCCAGGGCGGGGAGGGACCCCCCCAAACCGCCCCCCAGCACCCCCAGCCCGCCCUGCACAACCUGCCCGUGCCCCCCCCCCUGUACGGCAGGGCCAAGGCCGGGGGGGGGACCCGGCCCGGAGCCGGGAGCCCCUUCCCGGGAAACAGCCCCGCCAGGGACCCCCCCGAGGACGCGGCGUCGCUCAAGGAGGUGUUCAAGGGCUUCGACCCCACGGCCUCGCCCUUCUGCCAGUGAGGGGGGGCUGAAUCACCCCAAAUCACCCCAAAAUCCGGCCAGAGUCGCCCCAAAUCCACCCAGAAACCCCAAAUCCACCCCAAAACCCCAAAUCCACCCCAAAACCCCAACCAGGCUCAAGGGCGUCUUCAAGGGCUUCGACCCCACGGCCUCGCCCUUCUGCCAGUGAGGGGGGGCUGAAUCACCCCAAAAUCACCCCAAAUCACCCCAAAAUCCAGCCAGAAUCGCCCCAAAUCCACCCAGAAACCCCAAAUCCACCCCAAAACCCCAAAUCCACCCCAAAACCCCAACCAGGCUCAAGGGCGUCUUCAAGGGCUUCGACCCCACGGCCUCGCCCUUCUGCCAGUGAGGGGGGGCUGAAAG